AUGGGCAAUGAACUUCAUAGGGCAAAUUUACCCAGCUUCCAGCAAGGGCACACCUUCAUAAUUGUGGCAACAGACUACUUUGCCAAAUGGGUAGAAGCUUUAGUUGUGAAGACUAUCAAAGUUGCUAUGAAGAAAUUUAUUGAAACCAAGAUCUUACACAGAUAUAGGGUGCCUGAGACGAUUGUUACAAAUCGAGGGCCAUCUUUUAUUUUGAAAGAAAUGGAGGAAUUUGCAAACAAGUUCAAGAUAAGGAUGAUCCAGUCUAGUUCUUAUUAUCCCCAAUCAAAUGGUCAAGCAGAAGCUAGCAAUAAGAUUUUGGUAAACAUUAUUAAGAGAAUGGCGGCAGAUAGCCCAAAAGGAUGGCAUGAGAAGUUGGGAGAUACUCUUUGUACUUACAGAACUUCAAAGAGAGCAAGAACUGGGACCACCCCUUAUGCCUUAACCUUUGGGAAAGAUGUUGUGCUUCCUAUGGAAAUCAAUGUAAGUUCUGUGAGACUUCAGAACCAGUUUGGUAUGCAUAGUGAGGAAUAUAUCCAGGCCAUGUGUAAAGGGAUUGAAGAUCUAGAUGUAGCUCGAAUUAAAGCUCUAAAAAAGAUCCAAUAA